CUAUCAAACUGAUCCUUAUAUGGAAUAUAAAAUCUCUUUAAAUUGCCUAUAAAUAUUACAUUUAGUAGUUAAUUCAACUUCUACAGUUUAAUCAAAAUGUGUGGCAAAGCAGUUAUUCAAGUCUGGUUGCUUGUACAAGUUUUUACAAAUGCCCAAUUUUUACCUGAGGAUGAAGUUGUGUUUCCCAAACGCCACGAUAAUUCACGUUUAGAAAAUGACCUAGGCACAUCAAAUCAGAUAUACAGUAUUGAAAAAUCUAUCAAAGAGGUAUCAUGUAACAGUGAACCUUGUCCAGUUGCAGAAUCUUGCCUGGCGGUUAAAAGACGUUUAGAAAAACAAGGACAACCAUUGUAUGAUGGCAUUUACACAAUUAAACCAAAUUCUAAACUUACAUUAAAUGUUUAUUGUGAUAUGACACGUGAUGGUGGCGGCUGGACACUUAUAGUAUCUUCACAUUCAAAUACCUGGAAUAGUGAAAAUGUGUGGAAAAGAAAUUCUGAUAAACCAGAUCUUUAUAACGACUACUCAAUAUUUAAGUAUGCCAAUGAAUUGAAAAAGGGCUACAAAAUCAAAGCAGAUAAAUUUAUGUAUAGGUUAGAAGCUAACGAACUAGGUCGAUGGGGAGGAGUAUUUUCUGCACCUAUGAAGUAUGACCUAUCUUCUACUAAUGCUAAACAAACUAAUGUAAAUCUUGUUAAAAAGUUUGAUGAAUGGAAAUUUGGCUAUAAAAGUAUUGAUCAACGGCUUCCAUAUGUUUCUGGUUCUCUUAUAACUACAGCUAGAGGUAUUUCAUCAGUAGAUGAAAUAUGGGGUUCACUAACUAACAAUAAAGAUAGUAUUUAUUUAUCAACCUGGAUAUAUACUGGUAUUAAAGAAAGAUGGUUUGGAAUCACAAGAAUGGAUUACCCGAAACAUGUUUGGUACUGGAUACGAGAAGGCACCGAUUUACCUCAGAAACGUGAGGUUUUGCACAAGGCAUAGAAUAUUAGGAAAAUCCACGGAUCAAACUAAAUUUUUUA